CAAUCGUAAUCUAAACUUCAUGUGUUUAGUUCAUAAAUUCUAAUUUGUAUAAUACUAAUUUAUUACAUCAAAGGAAACCAUGUUGCAUUAAAGAACCAUCAAACGACUUCUUAGCUUAUUUUUCUUCAAAAAAGAAAAAAAAAGAAAGAAAAAAAAAAGAGAAAAGACUUGUUGGCUUCUUCAUCACAACACGGAUACGUCAUUUUCUGAAAUUGAGUUUCUCCUCCAAAUCAAUUUUCCGUUUUCAACAUCCCCAACAGGAACGCAAUUAAUUUAGGCGAUUCGGAGAUAUUGGCAGCGGCGAUUGGUCGGUAUUGGCAGCGGCGAUUGAACGGUAUUGGCAGCGGCGAUUGGUUGAUAUUGGCAGCGGCGAUUGGUCGAUAUUGGCAGAGGCGGCUGUGUGAGAACAACGACACUGAUUUUCUCACACGAUUAGGCGGCAUUGGCAGCGGCGAUUGGUCGGCAUUGGGGAGAGGUGGUUGGGUGAAAAACGACGACAUUGAUUUUUGAUCGGGGCGCUACUUGUGUGCAUACGGAUGCAGAUGCGGAGAGAAGCAAAAGAAAGAAGCUUCGAGGCUUUGGGGUGUAAACAGGAAGCUGACAGGCCUGAAUAGGCUCUUGAUGGAGGAGAAUGGCCGGUUUCAGAAGCAGAAAUUUCUGGGAAUGGAAGAAGAAGAAACGGGGGACAAUAAUAUUUCUGGGAAGAACCAUGAGCAGCAGAAAGAAAGCACCGGUUUAGAUGAUAAUAUAGCGAUAUCUAAAGCUUCAAAUGCAGAAAUACCUAUUAAUUAUGUAGAUAAUGUGAGUGCUGAAAAUGUUUUAAGAGGAGUUGAUUCGGCUUCUCCUGUUUUAGAAGAUGGUCUUUUUGAGCCUGUUUCACUAAAAGAUCAGGAUAAAAAUGGUAAGGAAAUAAAUCAGUCAUUAAGUCCUGAAGAGUUGAGACAUUCGUCUAUUGAAAAUGAGGAUGCGUUUGAGUUCUCCUUCGCAAGUGUUGACACAUCUGGGUUUGAUUCUCCCCCUGACGCAGAGGUACAUCACAACCGCUAUUCAAGCCCUGGGCCUGAGAGAAACUCCAAUUAUGACCUCAAAGAGUCCUCAUCUUCAGCUAGUCUUGAUUCUGCUAUGCAUUUUUAUGGAGAUAGUGGAUACUCUCCUGCCGACUCACCUCAAAAGCCCAAGCCUAAACAGGUCAUGCCUAAUGUGUCUCCAGAGCUCUUGCAUUUAGUAGAUUCAGCUAUAAUGGGGAAGGCUGAAAGCUUGGAGAAGCUGAAAAAUGUUGUUAGUGGUGCUGAGAAUUUUGGAGGAGAUGGUGAGGCUGUUGCUAUGUCUUACUUAGUCGUCGAUUCACUUCUUGCCACUAUGGGAGGUGUUGAGUCUUUUGAAGAGGAUGAGGAUAAUCCACCCAGUGUGAUGCUGAACUCUAGGGCUGCUAUAGUGGCAGGUGAGCUCAUUCCUUGGCUUCCUGACAUUGGGGAUUUUGGGGGUCUCAUGUCUCCUAGGACUCGGAUGGUGAGAGGAUUGCUAGCUAUUUUGCGUGCUUGCACAAGGAACAGAGCAAUGUGCUCUUUGGCUGGUUUACUGAGAGUACUACUUCGCUCUGCUGAGAGAAUAUUUGUUCAGGAUAUUUCUUCAAAGGAGAAAAUUAAAUGGGAUGGGACUCCUCUGUGCUACUGCAUUCAGUACUUAGCUGGGCAUUCUCUUACCCCAGGUGAUCUGCACUGCUGGCUUGAAGUCAUUAAUAGAACUCUCCCUACGGCGUGGUCAGCUCGUCUAUUAAAUUCGUUGGAGAAAGCCAUGGGUGGAAAAGAGGUCAGGGGUCCAGCGAGUACUUUUGAGUUUGAUGGUGAAAGCUCUGGUCUGUUAGGUCCAGGGGAGAGCAGAUGGCCUUUUAUCAAUGGAUUUGCGUUUGCAACUUGGAUCUACAUCGAAUCAUUUGCAGAUAAUAUAAGUACAGCAACCACUGCUGCUGCAAUUGCAAUGGCUGCUGCUGCCACAUCAGGGAAAGCAUCUCCCAUGUCAGCAGCUGCAGCUGCUAGUGCAUUAGCUGGGGAAGGCACGGCACACAUGCCUCGGCUGUUCAGUUUCUUAUCGGCUGACAAUCAUGGGAUGGAAGCAUAUUUUCAUGCACAAUUUUUAGUUGUUGAAUGUGGAAGUGGAAAGGGAAAAAAAGCUUCUCUACAUUUUACUUACGCAUUCAAGCCACAAUGUUGGUAUUUUGUUGGCCUUGAACACACUUGCAAACAGGGUCUCCUCGGAAAGUCAGAAAGUGAGAUGAGGUUGUAUGUUGAUGGUUCCUUGUAUGAAAGUCGUCCUUUUGAUUUUCCGAGAAUUUCUAAGCCACUUGCAUUUUGCUGCAUUGGGACUAAUCCCCCUCCAACUAUGGCUGGAUUACAGCGUCGCAGACGCCAGUGCCCUUUGUUUGCUGAGAUGGGCCCUGUGUAUAUAUUCAAGGAACCUAUUGGGCCAGAAAGGAUGGCACGGUUGGCUAAUAGAGGAGGAGAUGUGCUGCCUUCAUUUGGCAGUGGUGCUGGAUCCCCUUGGUUAGCAACAAAUGAACACAUUCAAAAAAUGGCACGGGAUAGUGCUCUUCUGGAUACUGAAAUUGCUGGAUGCCUUCAUCUACUGUACCAUCCGAACUUGCUCAGUGGACGUUACUGUCCAGAUGCUUCUCCUUCUGGUGCUGCAGGGAUGCUCCGAAGGCCUGCAGAGGUUCUUGGUCAAGUGCAUGUUGCUACAAGAAUGCGCCCAACAGAAGCUCUCUGGGCCUUGGCUCAUGGAGGUCCCUUAUUCUUGCUUCCAUUGGUAGUUAGUGAUGUGCAUGAGAAUAGCCUGGAGCCACGUCGAAGUCACCAUUCUUCGUCUUUGGCCACAACUGCGCUUGCUGCUCCCAUAUUCAGAAUUAUCUCUUUGGCCAUUAGGCACCCAGGAAACAAUGAAGAGUUGUGUCGCCGUAGAGGCCCUGAAAUAUUAUCACGGAUCUUGAAUUAUCUCCUGCAAACUUUGUCUUCACCCGACACCUCUGAGCGUGAUGGAGAUGAAGAACUUGUUGCUGCUAUUGUCUCUUUAUGUCAGUCGCAGAAGUUCAACCAUACACUCAAAGUGCAACUUUUCAGUACAUUGCUACUUGAUCUGAAAAUUUGGAGAUUAUGCAGUUAUGGACUGCAAAAGAAACUCUUGUCAUCACUUGCUGAUAUGGUUUUCACCGAGUCAUCGGUAAUGCGAGAUGCUAAUGCUAUCCAGAUGCUUCUAGAUGGUUGCAGGCGAUGCUAUUGGAUUGUUCGUGAAAGUGACUCUGUCAAUACAUUUUCGACGAGUAAGGAUGGCCAUCUUGUUGGCGAAGUGAAUGCUUUAGUUGAUGAACUUUUAGUGGUUAUUGAACUAUUAGUUGUGGCAGCUCCACCAUCGUUGGCAGCAGACGAUGUCCGCUGUUUGUUGGGUUUCAUGGUUGACUGUCCCCAAUCAAAUCAGGUUGCCAGGGUGUUGCAUCUCAUUUACCGGUUGGUAGUUCAGCCAAAUAAAUCCAGGGCUCAAACCUUUGCUGAGGCAUUUAUAUCAUGUGGUGGCAUAGAAACACUUUUAGUUCUGCUGCAGCGCGAAACAAAAGCUGGAGACUGUGAUGUUCCAGAGGUGUUAGCCGAACAUGAUGAGGCUUUAGCCUCCAUCAACACAGAUGUAGAUGAAUCAGAAGUAGCCUCUUCAAAAAUUGGUCAUAGUGAUGGGGGAUCCUCGGAGAGGCGAGAUUUGAGUUUACAUGAGAAUGUUCGUGAAACUGAGAAGUUUACAGGUCCUAUUGUAUCUAACAUUGAAAGGAUGUCAUCCAUCUCUGAAAAUCCUUUCAAUAGAAACCUGGGUGGUAUAAGUUAUUCAAUAAGUGCUGAAAAUGCACGAAAUAAUGUGUAUAAUAUUGACAAAAGUGACGGUAUCGUUGUAGGGAUAAUUAACCUCUUGGGUGCUUUAGUGAUAUCUGGACAUUUGAAAUUUGAUUCACCUCCUCUUCUAGAUGUGAAAAACAACAUUCUCGAUAUGCUUGAGGGAGGAGGUACCAUGUUUGAUGAUAAGGUUUCUCUCCUUCUUUUUGGUCUACAAAAGGCCUUCCAAGCAGCACCUAACCGGCUUAUGACAUCCAACGUAUACACGGCAUUAUUGGCUGCCUCGAUAAACGUGUCUUCAGCAGAUGAUGGAUUAAACUUCCAUGAUUCUGGUCAUCGUUUCGAGCACUUUCAGAUUCUGUUAGUUCUGCUUCGUUCUCUUCCGUACGCAUCAACAACAUUGCAAAGCCGAGCACUACAGGAUCUUCUGAUUUUGGCUUGCAGUCAUCCAGAAAAUAGAAGUAGCCUGACAAAAAUGGACGAAUGGCCUGAGUGGAUUUUGGAGAUUCUCAUAUCUAACUAUGAGACAACCGGAACUAAAAAUUUGAAUCAAUCCAGCUUGAGAGAUGUAGAAGACUUUAUACACAAUUUCCUGAUUAUUAUGUUAGAGCAUUCGUUGCGCCAGAAGGAUGGAUGGAAGGAUAUUGAAGCUACAAUUCAUUGUGCAGAAUGGCUGUCUAUGGUUGGUGGUUCUAGCACUGGAGAAUUAAGGAUCAGACGAGAGGAGUCAUUGCCCAUUUUCAAAAGACGGCUAUUAGGUGGCUUGCUGGACUUCGCUGCCAGAGAAUUGCUAGCUCAGACUCAGGUUAUUGCUGCAGCAGCUGCUGGUGUGGCAGCUGAGGGAUUGGCACCUAAAGAUGCAAAGAUUGGAGCAGAGAAUGCUGCUCAGCUCUCUGUGGCUUUGGUUGAGAAUGCAAUUGUGAUCUUAAUGCUUGUUGAGGACCAUUUGCGGUUACAAAGCAAACUCUACAGUGCUUCAUGUUUGCCAACUACAACUGUGUCCCCACUUUCAAAUGUAUUGCCUGCACGCGGCCAUUCUACGAGUACACAGGAUGGAGAAACUACAUCUCGUAAUUCAUCAUCUAGUGAAUCUGGAGGACUCCCUCUUAAUGUUCUUGCUGCAAUGGCUGAUGCUAAUGGGCAAAUUUCAACAGCUGUAAUGGAACGACUGACUGCUGCAGCGGCAGCAGAACCUUAUGAAUCAGUUUCCUGUGCUUUCGUGUCAUAUGGAAGCUGUGUCAUAGAUUUAGCUGAAGGAUGGAAAUACAGAAGUCGACUGUGGUAUGGUGUUGGACUUCCACUAGAGGCAUCAUUAUUCGGUGGAGGUGGCGGUGGUCGGGAAUCUUGGAAAUCUGCAUUAGAGAAGGAUGCUGAUGGAAACUGGAUUGAACUUCCACUAGUAAAGAAGUCUGUUGCCAUGCUUCAAGCUUUGCUAUUAGAUGAGUCCGGACUUGGUGGGGGUCUGGGUAUUGGUGGAGGGUCUGGUACUGGGAUGGGAGGCAUGUCAUCACUUUACCAGUUAUUGGAUAGCGACCAACCAUUUCUCUGUAUGCUCCGUAUGGUGCUUGUGUCAUUAAGGGAGGAUGAUGAUGGUGAAAACCAUAUGCUAAUCAGGCAUGCAAGUACUGAAGAUGGGUUAGUAGAGGAUUUACGUCGACACACUAAUCGUGCUGCAUCUUUUGACAAAAACACCAGAAUGACUAGAAAGCCACGAUCCGCGUUGCUUUGGAGUGUUUUGUCUCCUAUCUUGAACAUGCCAAUUGCUGAGACAAAGAGGCAGCGAGUUUUGGUUGCAUCAUGUGUCCUAUAUUCUGAGGUGUGGCACGCUAUUGGGAAGGACCGAAGUCCUGUACGCAAACAAUAUCUGGAGGCCAUCUUACCUCCUUUUGUUGCUGUUCUAAGAAGAUGGCGGCCUCUAUUGGCAGGGAUUCACGAACUUGCUACUGCAGAUGGUGUAAAUCCCCUUGUUGCUGACGACCGUGCCUUGGCUGCAGAUGCUUUACCUGUUGAGGCUGCUCUUGCUAUGAUAUCGCCUAGCUGGGCUGCUUCUUUUGCCUCACCUCCUGCUGCGUUAGCAUUAGCAAUGAUUGCAGCUGGUGCUGCUGGUGGAGAAACCACCGCUCCUCCAACUGCCUCACAUCUCCGGCGUGACUCAUCAUUACUUCAGCGGAAAACCACUAGACUCCAUACGUUUUCAAGCUUUCAGAAACCUUUAGAGUCACCGAACAAAUCGCCAGCCGUUCCAAAGGACAAGGCUGCUGCGAAAGCAGCUGCAUUGGCUGCUGCGAGAGACCUUGAGCGUAAUGCAAAAAUUGGCUCAGGGAGAGGUCUCAGUGCCGUGGCAAUGGCUACAUCAGCGCAGCGUCGGAGUUCAAGUGAUGCUGAACGCGUAAAGAGAUGGAAUGCUUCUGAAGCUAUGGGAGUUGCAUGGAUGGAAUGCUUACAAUCGGUGGACUCAAAAUCUGUAUAUGCCAAGGAUUUCAAUGCUCUUUCCUACAAGUAUAUUGCCGUCCUUGUCGGAAGUUUAGCUUUGGCUAGGAACAUGCAGCGAUCUGAGAUUGACAGGAGGUCGCAAGUUGAUGUAAUAGCUCACCAUCGAUUAUACACUGGAAUACGUGAAUGGCGCAAGCUUAUCCACUGCUUGAUAGAGAUGAAAUGUCUAUUUGGGCCUCUUAGUGAAGAUUUGUGCAAUCCUAAGCAGGUUUUCUGGAAGCUAGAUUUCAUGGAAAGUUCUUCAAGGAUGAGGAGGAUUAUGCGUAGAAACUACCAAGGUUCAGAUCACCUUGGUGCUGCUGCGAAUUAUGAAGAUUAUAUGGAUCAGAAACAAAAAGGUGUAAGUCCAUCUAAAGCCUCCAUCUUAGCUGCAGAAGCCAUCUCAACUGAGUUAGGAAAUGAGGAGGACGAACAUGACACAGCGUAUUUGGAUGUUAGCCCAAGUGGUGAACAGCCUGGGGACAUUCAGACCAUCCCAUUUGGACCUGGUGAGCAGCCAUUUACCUCGACAGAGUCCACAGACCCGCCAGUUACUAAUGAGCAAGAUUCAGCACCGAUCCCCGAAACUGUUGCCCCUGGCUAUGUUCCUUUUGAGCAUAAUGAAAGAAUUAUUCUUGAGCUUCCAUCAUCGAUGGUCCGUCCACUAAAGGUUCUAAGAGGAACUUUUCAAGUAACAACUAGAAGCAUCAAUUUUAUUGUUGAUCACACGGAUAAUAGUGCUGUGGGAGACAUGGACCGCAAUGGUGUUAAUGGAGUUCAAGAAAAGGAUCAAUGUUGGUUGAUGUCAUCAGUUCACCAAGUAUACAGCAGAAGGUACCUUUUGAGAAGAAGUGCACUGGAAUUGUUCAUGGUUGACCGGUCAAAUUACUUUUUUGAUUUUGGGAACACUGAGGGACGAAGAAAUGCAUAUCGAGCUAUUGUUCAAGCCCGUCCUCCUCACUUGAAUAAUAUCUACCUUGCAACUCAGAGACCUGAACAGCUUCUAAAAAGAACUCAGCUUAUGGAACGUUGGGCUAGGUGGGAGAUUAGCAAUUUCGAAUAUUUAAUGCAGCUUAACACAUUGGCUGGACGCAGCUAUAAUGAUAUUACACAGUAUCCUGUAUUCCCGUGGAUCCUUUCUGAUUACAGCUCACAAAAUUUGGAUCUUUCAAGUCCUUCUUCUUUUCGAGACCUCUCAAAGCCAAUUGGUGCCCUGAAUGCUGAAAGACUACAAAAAUUCCAAGAGAGAUACUCCAGCUUUGAUGAUCCAGUCAUCCCCAAAUUCCAUUACGGCUCACAUUAUUCCACUGCUGGAACAGUAUUGUAUUACCUCACAAGAGUAGAACCUUUUACCACCCUCUCCAUCCAACUUCAAGGUGGCAAGUUUGAUCAUGCUGACAGAAUGUUCUUGGACAUUGCCGCAACUUGGAAUGGAGUUCUUGAGGACAUGAGUGACGUAAAGGAAUUGGUUCCUGAGCUAUUUUAUCUCUCAGAGGUUUUGACCAAUGAAAACUCUAUCGACUUUGGUACAACACAACUUGGUGCAAAGCUUGGCUCAGUCCGACUUCCUCCAUGGGCUGAAAAUGAAGUUGACUUUGUCCAUAAGCAUCGGAUGGCUCUUGAGAGUGAGCAUGUCUCAGAACAUUUGCAUGAAUGGAUUGAUCUUAUAUUUGGAUACAAACAACGUGGAAAAGAAGCUAUUCAGGCAAAUAACGUAUUCUUUUAUAUUACGUAUGAAGGAACUGUAGAUAUUGAUAAAAUAUCGGAUCCAGUACAACAGCGUGCUGCCCAAGAUCAAAUUUCGUACUUCGGCCAAACCCCAUCUCAACUUCUAACCACACCUCACAUGAAACGGAUGCCUCUGGCAGACGUUCUUCACAUGCAGACCAUUUUCCGGAAUCCGAGGGAGGUUAGGCCGUACAUGGUUCCCUACCCGGAACGCUGCAAUCUGCCUGCUUCUGCCAUUCAUGCAUCUUCGGACUCUCUUAUAAUUGUCGAUGUAAAUGCUCCGGCAGCACACAUAGCACAACAUAAGUGGCAACCAAACACACCUGAUGGACAGGGUGCACCUUUCCUUUUUGAGCAUGGGAAACCUGAUGCAGGUGCUGCUGGUGGAGCUUUUAUGCGAAUGUUUAAAGGGCCAACGGCCUCUGGAUCAGAAGAGUGGCACUUUCCACAGGCACUGGCAUUUCCAACUUCUGGAAUCCGAAGCAGUGCUAUAGUUUCAAUCACUUGUAACAAGGAAAUAAUCACUGGAGGGCAUGUAGAUAACAGCAUUAAGCUGAUUUCAGCCGAUGGAGCAAAAACCUUGGAAGUAGCGAGAGGGCAUUUUGGUCCAGUGACGUGCCUCUCUAUAUCCCCUGACAGCAACUAUCUUGUGACUGGUUCUCGAGACACAACACUUAUAGUCUGGAGAAUACAUCGUUCAUCCAUUUCACGUUCUUCGGAACCUUCCAGCAAUCCAGGCACACCCACAUCCAUAACUGGAAACAACUUAGCAUCAGACAGGAAUAGUAAAAGUCGCCGAAUCGAGGGCCCCUUGCACGUCCUUCGAGGUCACCUAAGUGAAGUAACAUGCUGUGCAGUUAGUUCUGACCUUGGAAUUGUUGCUUCAUGCUCCAAUUCUUCAGAUGUCUUGAUUCAUUCUAUAAGGCGUGGACGAAUCAUUACAAGGCUUUCUGGUGUUGAAGCUCACUCUUUGUGCCUAUCGCCUGAUGGGAUUAUUAUGACCUGGAACAAGUAUCUUUCUACUCUCACCACAUUUACUCUUAACGGGACCCUGAUUGCUAAGAAACAGCUUCCGCUUUCGUCGAGCGUUAGCUGUAUUGAGGUUUCUGCCGAUGGUUGUAGUGCUUUGGUUGGACUAAACCCAUCUAGGGAAAAUGACCGAAGCUCUGAUUUGAAGUUUGCAAGACAUGGGAAUGAAGAUUGUCAAGUUGAUGAAGCGAAUAGACUGGAUUUACCUUUACCUUGUAUCUGCUUCUUUGAUCUCUAUACUCUCAAGGUCCUUCAUACGUUGAAACUUGCACAAGGACAAGAUAUUACCACUGUCGCUUUGAAUAAGGAUAGUACAAAUCUUUUGGUGUCAACAGCAAAUAGACAAUUGAUAAUAUUCACAGAUCCUUCUUUGAGCUUAAAAGUUGUCGAUCACAUGCUCAAACUGGGAUGGGAAGGAGAUGGAUUAACCCCCCUUAUAGAGUGAGUUCUGAAAUGAUAAAAAAUAUUUGCCUUUUGAGGGGACUUCAUAUGCAAUUUUGACACGAUGAUGCCAAAUUCACUUCUAUUGAUGUCGAUGAAACAUGAAAGUUUUGCGCGUGAACUGGUUAUUUGUAUUUUUUUAAAACAACGAUGAAUAGGCAAAGUUUUGUUGCACGAAAGGCCUCAUGUGACUUUUAUGCUCAUAUUAUACAUUUUCUCCAUUUAUUUCAGAUAUUAUGGUGUAUAUAUAUAUAUUUGUUUUGGGUGCUAGUACACAGAAAUCAGGAUUUUUUUAACUUCACG